CCGGGCUGCCUCAUUUACCCGCCCACGCUCGAUCCACCGUCGCUGCAGCGCGCAACCAGUGAGUUCAGUUCCCGCCAAGCAGCCCAGCUCCUUCCUGACUCCUGAGUUAGGUGGUUAAAAGGGGGCGAAGAAUAGAAUUACUAAAGAGGGGAAGAAAAAAAAAGACCAAAAGAAAGAAAGAAGGAGAACUGGCGAGCAGAGUGGAGCUCCGAAAGGAGUGACUAUCCCUGCCGCCAUCUUGCUGGAAUGAUCAGGAUGGAACUAAACACCAUUCAAGUAAUAGAGAAUGAUUAUGCUGACUUGGUGUUGGAUGCAGGUGCAGCAAACUUUGGGGAGCACUACAGAAAAACAAUGAAAGGCAGAAAAAAAGAGGAGUGCUACAAUAUAAUCAGAUCUGCAUGUGCUUUAUUGAACUCUGGGGGUGGGAUUAUCACUGUGAAAGUGCUGAAUGAAGGUUAUAACUAUGACAUUCAUGGAAUUGGGUCAGAUAUAGAAGAUGGGUUGCAUAAUUUGCAAAGUUGUGCAGCAGUCAAAUCUUCCUUUGAUUUUAUUCAGCAAGAUGGAAGCAUGUUCAUUUUUGUGCAGUCUUGGAGCAAUGGAUGUAGUAAAAAUAAUGAAAAGUUGCCAAAACUUUGCGCUAUAAAAUGGAAUGCCUACCGGCGAGCAGACAGCAGUAAUUAUCAAAUGUCACCACUUGAAUUUGAGAAUUUCAUUACAAGAAAAACUAAGUCUGCAGGAAGAAGUGACAGCAUCAAAGAAGAUUCAGAUUUGAGCAUUGAGCCACUACAAAAGAAACCUAAAAUUGAGCCAAUUGAAUCAACUGUGUUCAAAAGCAGAGAAUUUCAGUUAGGUGAUACAUUGAAUUUCAAUGAAUCUCUGUAUGUUGAAUUUAAAGACUUCUCAGGGAAAAACAAUGUAAACAGGAUAAAAGAGGCACUGCCUAAGUACAUCUCUGCCUUUGCGAACACAAAUGGUGGAUAUUUAUUGAUUGGUGUCACUGACACAAGAAAGGUUGUUGGAUGUGGUCAGUGUAUUGAAGAUCCACAAUAUUUUGAGGAAUUAAUAUCCCAACUGUAAAAAAAACUCAACACUGUACACAUCUGCAACACUCAAAAAGUUAUUAACUAUAGGCUUAAUGUUGCCAGAGUACUGAACAAAUCAGGACAGCAUGGCUUUCUAUUAAUUUUGUACGUGGAACCAUUCUGCUGUGUAGUGUUUGCUGAUGACCCUGACUGUUGGAAGGUAGAAAAUGACCAGAUUAAGAGAGUGGAACCUCGUGAAUGGACUGAAAUAAUAUUAGCCACAGAUCCAGACAUAGAAGAACUGUGUUCCAAUUUUCAGAAGGAGUUGAGUGUGACUGCAGCACCACUGGGGUGUAAGACAGUGUAUUCACUUAAAGAUGCUGAAUGUUUGAACGAAUUGCAACGGAAACUGUUUCCAGUGGAAUUUCAUUCUUCCAGUGGAAUCAGUAAAAUACCAGACAACUUGUAUAAAGAACUGCUCAAAGAGUAUCCAACUCUGGAGAAUCUGCUGCCUAAAAUGAAACUUGUAAGAGGUCAGGGAGUUUUGAUUUUCUCCAGAAGCUGGGCUGUUGACAUUGGGCUGGCAAAGAACCAGGAUGUAAUAUGUGACGCACUGCUACUGGCGGAGAAUGCUCCAAGAUUAUACACGGUUGGCAGGCAGGAAAGUGACGAAGUUUUCAAGUAUUCAAAAGGCACAGCUUUUUCCAAACAAAAACUGGUGAAUCCAGGUGGCUAUACAGGAAAACUCUGUGUAAUUCCCAAAAUCCUUUGGUAUUCUAAAUGUCAGUCUAUCGAAGACAGUAGUACAUCUACAAUGGAAUUGGGCAAUAUGCAGAAAGCUGGAAGGAGAUUAGAAGUUCGGUACCCAGAAGCUUAUACAUUCUUGGACAUUACAGCAUUACUAAUAGCACUCACUAUCGUGCUGUUGAAUUUCAGAUCCUUCCUAAGUGAUCAACUUGGCUGUGAAUUUCUCAAUUUGCUAACUUUGGAGCAAUUUCAGAUUCUUUAUUCAAAACACAAUAUUGAGAAGUGCAAAAAACUCUUUGUGCACGGCCUUCCUGGAACUGGCAAAACAAUUAUAGCCAGGCAACUCAUUGAGAGGAUUAUCAACACCUUUCAAUGUAAAAAAGAUGAGGUCCUUUACAUUUGUGAAAAUAUUCCACUGGCGAGAUUUGAGGUAAAAUUGAAUUGUACCUGUGUUACAAGGAAGACAUUUAUGAGAGACAAUUUCCCGAAGGUGAAACACAUUGUUGUUGACGAGGCUCAAAAUUUUCGCCUUGAGUCUGGAAACUGGUAUGAGAAAGCUGAAUCAAUCAGAACGGCUGAAGUAACACAUCCAAAUGGAGCAGGAGUCUUCUGGAUUUUCAUGGAUUACUUCCAAAUGUCUCAUUUUUUUCCAACUGGAUUGCCAAAGAUUCAAGACCAGGAUCCAAGAGAAGAAUUAACGACAGGAGUCCGAAAUGCCAAGGAAAUACAUGAAUUUGUCCGUUCAAACAUGAAUCAGAUUCUUCGUUUAGAAAAGAAUCAAGUGAAAUAUAAAUUUCUUACUAAACUGUGUGAAGAAGCUAAUUGUGGGCAUUCUUUUCCAGGGAAGGUUGAGAAAUCAAAAAUGACACCAGAAAACAUUGCCAAACACAUCAGGGACAAAAUAAAAUACUACCUUGAAGUGGGCUAUACAACAAAACAGAUGGCUAUUCUCUGCAGUACACAGGAAGAAUGCAAAAAGUAUAGCGAUCUGCUGCAGCCUGAACUCAAAAGAUGUAAGAUAAAUGCAUGUUUAGAUGAAGCAGAAUCAGCAUUUGGGGAUGAUAGACCUAAAAACAUUGUUACCUUGAACAGUAUACGCCGAUUUUCAGGUUUAGAAAAACCCAUUGUAUUUGGCAUUAACCCUGUACCUCACCCUGAUCAGCAAGUACUAACUCCAAAUAUUUUAGUUUGCUUGGCUUCACGUGCUAUGACACAGCUUCAUUUGUUAUUUGAAAACUAAAUGAGGCUCAGUAGCCUUGAUUUUCCUCUAUUAGCUAUAAGGAACAUUUCUUCUUAUUUCUGCAUCAUUUAAAACUGUGGAUUGCAAUGAGAACUUUUCUUAAACCAGGGUUUUAACAGGAUGGUUGCAGAU